AUGCAGCAAAGUCUCUCCUACUACGACUACAACCCAUCCUUAGCUGCAGCCGCGAUUUUUACCGUGCUGUAUGCAAUACUCUUUCUAUUGACCACGGCAUUAUGGCUCAAACAUAGAGCUUGGGUGUGCACAAUCAUGGUGGUGGCUGCAGCGAUGGAAAUGGUUGGAUACUUGAGCAGAACACUCUCUACUCUAAACGUCGACAACCGAACACUUUAUGUCCUGCAAGUAUCUCUUACCGUACUUGCACCCGUUCUGAUCGCGGGGUUUUGCUACAUCCUAUUUGGACGGAUCAUCUUUCUCGUCGUGCCGAGAGAGUUGAGGACUCUGAGGUUGAUUUGGGUGCCUCCUCGAUUUGUGACACCCAUAUUUGUCUUCUUUGACAUUGUAGCUCUUCUUUUACAGCUGUCGGGAGCGGUCAUUAUCUCUUCAAUCCAGGCUACAGACCCCGAUUUUCAGGAAAAGAUCCACCAUGGUAAAACACUCGCGGAGGCUGGUGUGGGUGUGCAACUGGCAGCGUUUGGGCUCUUUUCAGUCAUCGCAGUCAGGUUUAAUUUUACGUCCAAAAGAUUCGAAAAGUCAACCCACGAACAAUUCCCUGAAGAUGAUAAUGACCGGUCGUUGCAAAUGGAUACUGUUCCCAAGCUGAAAGACUGGCCAGCAAUUUUGCGAGUCGUGAAUAUAGUGUCUGGCUUGAUUUUAAUUCGUACUAUCUACCGCAUGAUUCAAUUUAGCCAAGUUCCUUCCGGAUACCUAAGUGAGAACGAGUGGUGCCAGUACAUUUUUGACGCGCUUGUCAUUCUGCCAUCCUUUAUCCUAUUUAUCUGGUGGCAUCCUGCCAAGUAUCUUCCUUACCUCGGUUUCCGUCUGCCAAAACACGCUCGAUGA